AUGGAAGCGUCUAUUCUCAAUUUCUUUCCCUUGGAACGCAAUAUUGACCAUAGACUGAUGGAAAUCGUCAAUAAUUUUCAGUCGGACACCCCGUCGACUUAUUGCCGUCAUUUAGCUGUCUACCUGUCAUUAUUCAGCCUCCGAGACGAAGACGUUAUUUCGCUCCCUUCGUUUUCCGUCUUCGGCAUCAUCUAUGAUUUUGUCGAACUAUUCAAACCUCAGUCUAUCUAUCUAUCUAUCUAUCUAUCUAUCUAUCUAUCUAUCUAUCUAUCUAUCUAUCUCCCACGUCAAAUUUUUUUUGCUUAUCUCAAUCUUUAUUUUAGUGUCUUUUCUUUAUUUCUCCAUAUCAAUCUGGCCAUAUCUACCUAUCUGUCUAAGUAUCCAUCCAUCCAAGCAUCUAUUAAUCUUUCUUUCUUUCUUUCUUUCUUUCUUUCUUUCUUUCUUUCUUUCUUUCUUCUUUUUUCCAUUCCAUUUCAUUCUUUCUUUUUACAUCUAUAUUUCAUUACACCUUCAAUAUUUUCUUUCUUUCUUUCUUUCUUUCUUUUUUCCCAAUUCAUAUUUCCUUUCAACAUCAAUUCUUACUUAUUUUUCUUUCUUUCUUUCUUUCUUUCUUUCUUUCUUUCUUUCUUCAUAUUUCCUUUCAGCAUCAAUUCUUUCUUAAUUUUCAUUCAUUCUUUCUUUCUUUCUUUCUUUUCAAUUCAUUCUUAA